AUGCGUGUUCAAAAUGUCCACCUCGCUGAAUUUGCCCUCCUCCUCGCUCUCCUCGCCAAGUCCGCUAUAGCUUCCCCCAGCCCCAGCCCGGGCAUUAGCAAGUACUUCAAGAAGUCCAGGUCGUUUUUCUCGAAGGAUGGGCAAUGCCCUGCCGGUACGACUCCACCCACGGGCCCUUAUAACCCCGAUCCCCAGCCUGUUGACGGCGGGUACUGCCCCUUGGGUUCAACGCCCGCCGAUACCAAUGGCAAAUGCCCUCCAAACCACCGGCCCCUCGUUUGUGGUCAGGGACUGGAGCAGAAUCAAAUUUCAAAACGAGAUGAUGAUGGUCAGUACAUAUAG